AUGAGCGAAUGGGAUACCGUUACGAAGAUCGGCAGCAAGGCCCGCGGUGGCGUUGCCCCUCGUGAGACCGUUGUCAAGGGCAAGAGCGCCUUGAACGCCGCUCAGCGUUCUGGCCUCGUCCUCGGCACAGAGAAGAAGUUCACCACCGGCAACAUUGCCGCUAAGUCUGGCGCCCCCGAAGGCCAGCACCUGACCAAGGUCGACCGCAGCGACGACAUCAUCAAGCCCAAGACUGUCGGCUACCUCGUCGCUGACGCUAUCAAGAAGCGCCGUACCGAGGAGGGCUACAAGAUGACCCAGAAGGAACUCGCCACCAAGUGCAAUACCACCAUGACCGUCAUCCAGGACUUCGAGCGCGGUACCGCCGCCCCCCGACCAGAAGGUCCUCGGUGCCAUGGAGCGUGUGCUUAA